AUGGGAAUGAGUGUUUUCAGGGCUAAUGCCAAUUGGGUUGCCCAUGUUUUGUUGUUUCUCAUUGUAUUUGUGGGUCUAGUGCCUUGUAUUCAUUGUGUGGAGGGAGAUGAUUAUAGUAAGACCGGUGACCCAGCUCUGCUUCCCGCUGUUACACAGGUUAUCUAUGGUCGCCUUUCCAAUCUCACUAAAAUUUUGACCCAAGACAUUGUUAACAAUUUGGGAUUUUGCAUUAAGGAUGUGAAUACUGAUUGGAAUGGUGCAUUCAAUUAUGCUGGGAAGUUGGAUUUCUUGACUAAUUGUAUUAAGAAGACAAAAGGAGAUGUCACGCAGAGACUAUGUACAGCAGCAGAAAUAAAAUUCUACUUCAGUAGUUUAUUUGAGAGAGGGGCAGCAGAUGACAAUUACUUAAAACCUAACAAGAACUGUAAUUUGACUUCAUGGGCUUCUGGAUGUGAGCCAGGUUGGGGUUGUACUGUUGGCCAAGACCAGAGAGUUGAUCUCAAAACUUCAAAUAGUAUGCCUUCUAGAACUCAUGACUGUCAACCUUGUUGUGAGGGCUUCUUCUGUCCUCAGGGUAUUACUUGCAUGAUACCUUGCCCAUUAGGUUCUUACUGUCCGCUUGCAAAAUUUAAUAAAACGACUGGAAUCUGUGACCCAUACAGUUACCAAAUGCCUCCUGGAAAACCCAAUCAUACUUGUGGGGGUGCUGACAUUUGGGCUGAUGUUGAAGGCAGCAGUGAAAUUUUCUGUUCACCAGGAUCUUACUGUCCAACUACCACACAAAAAGUUCCUUGCAGGAGCGGACAUUACUGCAGGAUGGGCGCCACUGCUGAAAAACGGUGCUUCAAGUUGACUACCUGUAAUCCAAAAACGGCAAACCAAAAUAUUCAUUUUUAUGGGGUUAUGCUUUUUGCUGCUCUUUGCACUCUGCUGAUCAUCAUAUACAACUGUUCUGAUCAUGUUCUCACUCUUCGGGAAAAAAGAGAGGCUAAAUCUAGGGAAGCUGCAGCCAGGCAUGCACGAGAAACUGCACAGGCACGAGAAAGGUGGAAAUCUGCAAAAGAUACUGCCAAGAAGCGUGCAGUGGGGUUGCAAAAUCAGUUAUCCCGCACAUUUUCUCGUAAAAAGUCUGCAAGACAGUCGGGGGAGCUGAAGGUUUUAAGUCAAGCCAAACCUGCAACAGAUGCUGCAUCUUUACCACCUUUGCCUUCAAGUUCUUUAAGCACAUCUGGGCAAUCAUCAGCAGCUCCCAAAGCAAAGAAAAAGGAACCGAGUAAUCUCACAAAAAUGUUGCAUUCCUUUGAGGAAAAUCCAGAUGGUCAUGAGGGCUUUAAUCUGGAAAUUGGGGACAAAAAUAUUAAAAAGAACAUGCCAAAAGGUAAAAAAAUUCAUACUCAUAGCCAAAUAUUUAAGUAUGCAUAUGGUCAACUGGAGAAGGAGAAAGCUAUGCAACAGCAAAACAAGGACUUAACAUUCUCAGGAGUAAUUUCAAUGGCUACCGGUAGUGAAACCAGAACUAGGCCUACGAUUGAGGUGGCUUUUAAAGAUCUAACUCUUACUUUAAAAGGGAAAAAAAAGCAUUUGCUUAGGUGUGUCUCCGGGAAAUUCAUGCCUGGUCGAGUUUCAGCUGUCAUGGGUCCUUCAGGGGCUGGAAAAACGACAUUUCUUUCUUCUUUGGCUGGAAAAGUGACUGGAUGCACCAUGACAGGUUUAAUUGUCAUAAAUGGAAAAGUUGAAUCCAUGCAAUCGUAUAAGAAAAUUAUUGGUUUUGUACCGCAAGAUGAUAUUGUGCAUGGGAACUUGACAGUGGAGGAGAAUCUCCGUUUUAGUGCAAAGUGCAGACUAUCUGCUGACUUGCCCAAACCCGAUAAGGUUCUAGUUGUUGAAAGAGUCAUUGAGUGCUUGGGACUUCAGGCAGUGAGGGAUUCUCUAGUUGGAACAGUGGAGAAGCGAGGAAUCUCUGGAGGCCAGAGGAAACGUGUAAAUGUGGGGCUAGAGAUGGUCAUGGAACCUUCAUUGUUGAUCUUGGAUGAGCCAACAACUGGUCUGGACAGUUCAUCUUCUCAGUUACUUCUUAGAGCACUUCGACGUGAAGCUCUUGAAGGGGUAAACAUCUGCAUGGUUCUUCACCAACCGAGUUAUUCUUUAUUCAAGAUGUUUGAUGAUAUAAUACUUUUAGCCAAAGGUGGUCUUACUGCAUAUCAUGGACCUGUAAAGAAAGUUGAAGAAUACUUUGCUGGUCUUGGGAUCACUGUACCAGAGCGAGUUAAUCCUCCAGAUCACUUCAUUGACAUUUUGGAAGGUAUAGUGAAACCAAGCUCUAGUGUGACUCCUGAACAGCUUCCUGUCAGAUGGAUGCUUCACAAUGGGUACCCAGUACCCCCAGAUAUGCUGCAACUUGUUGAUGAACUUGCAGCUCCCUCAACUAGCUCAAAUCCUGGUGAUGGAGCUACCGAACAAUCUUUUGCCGGGGAUUUCUGGGAGGAUAUGAAGUCUACUGUUGAGCUGAAACGAGAUCAUAUACAGCAUAACUUCUUAAGGUCCAAGGACUUAUCCAACCGACAAACUCCCGGUGUAGCCCGGCAAUACAGAUACUUCCUUGGGAGGGUUGGUAAGCAGCGACUACGAGAAGCUAGAUUAGAAGUAGUUGAUUACCUGAUUUUAUUACUUGCUGGAGCCUGUUUGGGAACUCUUGCUAAAGUGAGCGAUGAAACAUUUGGGUCCCUCGGCUAUACUUACUCUGUCAUUGCUGUUUCACUACUAAGCAAGAUUUCCGCAUUGAGAACAUUUUCUCUGGACAAAUUACACUACUGGAGAGAGAGUGCAUCUGGGAUUAGCAGUCUGGCCUAUUUUCUGUCCAAAGACACAGUUGAUCAUUUCAGUACAGUCAUCAAGCCUUUGGUUUAUCUAUCCAUGUUCUAUUUCUUCAACAAUCCAAGAUCAUCCUUUGCGGAUAAUUACAUUGUUUUGCUCUGCCUAGUUUACUGUGUAACAGGCAUCGCUUAUAUACUUGCCAUCUACCUUGAACCUAGUCCUGCCCAACUGUGGUCGGUGCUUCUUCCUGUUGUUUUAACUCUUAUUGCAGCCCAGGAUACAGACAGUGUUUUUGUGAAGCAUCUAGGCAAUUUGUGCUACACAAAGUGGGCUUUAGAAGCUUUUGUAAUUGCAAAUGCUGAAAGGUACUCUGGAGUGUGGUUGAUUACUCGAUGCAGUUCAUUAAUGCAAAGUGGCUAUGAUCUCCAUGAUUGGAAUCGUUGUUUAAUUUACCUCAUUAUUACUGGAAUCAUUAGCCGUGUCGCGGCAUUCUUUUGUAUGGUAACCUUUCAGAAGAAGUGAUUUUGGACAUGCUCUUUUUACUGCUGUCCUAGUGUACAAAUUUUAGAAGUCAAUUUUGGUACCCUUAUAUCAUAGAGGCUCACAGUGGGAUCCAAAACUGUCAGUGAUGAAAGAAAAUUCCCUUUAGGAAUAGGAAUUGAUGGCUAACAAUUAAUCAGAAUCAUGUAAAUCAAGUCUCAUGACCCAGUUUAGGAUUUUUAGGAUAUAUGG